AUGACUUCGUCCAUACUCUGGCAAAAUAUUGCGAAGACGAUCACGCUUAUUGAUAUACCGCAAUCCAUCGCUGCUGCUCAAGGCGCUGUCCAAAAUCCGUGUCACGAUGAGCUGCUUUCUACCAACGCGGUCGAGACACCCUUUACAACGAACGAGCCGAAGACCGCGGCGAAAAUUGCGAAGCUGACUGCUGCAUCAGGCGAUCACGAGCUACAUGAGCGAUACGCUGCUAUUCUUCGAGACGGCCUUGCUGUGGUGAAGACUGCUCAUGAGAGAGACUGGUGCUUGCCGCGGACAUUCGUGGUGACAUCCACAGGCAAACGGAAACGCGAGGAAACUGAUACUCCUACUGUCCUGGAUGAGCUUGUCGCGACGGAGUCAUCGAGUGAAGAUAUUACUGUCACAGCUACCAUCGCUGACGGUCCCGAAUACACGGACAACUACUGCAGGCUGGCUCAUAGAGCAAACCAGGAUGACGUUUCCUCCCUGUCGGCCUCACUGGAUGACAAGCUGGUGUACAAUAGAGAGAUGAACCAAGCUACGAUUCGGAUGCGAACGACGUCUGAGACUGGAAAUAUCUAUCGUGUCCCACCACGUUCAUCCUUCUAUCUUGGAGACUGUCACAGUGGCAGAGAUUUCCGCAUAGCAAUUCGUGCUCAAGCUGAGCACGAAGAUUCUUGCAAGGACUUCGACUUCAUACUUCUGGAUCCACCCUGGCCGAAUAGGUCGGUCAGACGCACACACAAGACACCUGGCUCAACGUAUAGCAUCGCACCCAAUCUCAACGAAGUUGAGGAUCUGCUUUUCGGCAUGGACCUCGAUAUGCUCAUGGCUGACGACUGUCUGGUUGGUCUUUGGAUCACGAACAAGCCCGCAGCACGCGAGAUGGUACUUGGCGAGGGCGGUCUCUUCGCAAGCUGGGGCGUACAGCUGUGCGAGGAGUGGGUCUGGUUGAAGACCACGAUACAUGGCGAGCCUAUCACGCCGAUCGAGGCUACUUGGAGGAAACCUUACGAGGUUCUGCUGCUUGGGCGCAAGCGAUGUAUCGACGCUGCAGGCAUCUUGCCUGUUCAGACCAAGAUCAUUGUGGGUGUUCCAGAUCUACAUUCUCGCAAGCCUUGUCUUCGCGAGCUGAUGGAGCCACUCGUGCCAAACAAGGAAAACUAUCGUGCUUUAGAGGUCUUUGCCAGAUACCUUGUCGCUGGCUGGUGCAGCUGGGGUAACGAAUGCAUCAAGUUCAACAGCACUGAGCACUGGAAGAGCCGCGGCUCCAAAAGGCCUCGACCGAGCAACGCCUAA